AUGCAGGAGCAGCACCAGCAGCAGCAGCAGGGCGGGGAUGCCUCGGCGGACAAGGAGGUGAUGGCUAUCCUUUCCAGCCCGGCCCAGCAAAAGAAGUUCGUCGUCAAGCCGCAGCCCCGCCCCGGCGGAGCGUUCCCCGCAUCCCCGGCGGCCAACGGCAACGCCGCUUUCGUCCCGCCUUCUUCUGUGGCCGCGCUGGGCAGUGAUCUCCGGGAUACCACCGCUGCCCUACCGGGGGGGCGUUGCGGAGCUGUGGAGGCGGUUGUUGGUGGGGGCGGUGGCGCGGGGGGGAUUGGUGCCGUUGAUGCUACCGGACCGGCCGCUCCGUCGCCGCCGCAGACACCGGGGCUGCCGAAACCGUCCAGCGCUUCGUGGGACCCGCACGUGCAGAGCUCGAGCAGUGCGUUUUCCGUCCCGGCUGGCAGGGGCGGCGGAGGCGGGAGGGCGGAAGGGUCAGGAGGCGUCGGGGCUGACGGUGGCGGUGGCGGUGGCGAUGGCGGCGGAGGGGUGUGCAGCGCUGGGAUUGGAUCCUUGAGUCUUGGAGGCUUUCGAUCUGUCGGCGGCGGCCCCUUCCAGGAUCGCGCGCCUUUGUCCCACCAGGCGGCCUCCGGCGACGACCGCAGCAGCACCCGCCGGCAGGGAAGGGGUGGCGGCAGAACCCCAGGCCCGACUCGAGGCCCGCGGUAUCCGCUCGAGGACUCCACGCUAGGUCACAAUUCCGGUGCUCUGGGAGGUGGAGCAGAGACCGAGGGCAUGAUGAUGCAGUCGAGCGAGGAUUUCAGCCACUCCGAAAGCGCCGCCGCAGCAGCGACAGCGACAGCCGCCGCCGCGGUGAUACCGGGCGGCCUUCACCUCCCGCUAGCGUACGAAGGAUACGGCGGUGGCGGCGGCGGUGGCGUUGCCUACGAACAGCGGGGCGAUGCUAGCAGCUACGGCAGCCGCUCUGCAGCUGCAGGUGCGGGCGGUAGCGGCGGCGAACCCUUCGCGCAUGCUCACGACCAGCGCCUGCAUCGCGGCGGCGGUGGCAGUGGCGCGGGGGGCGUCGGUCAGCAAGCUGCACGGAGAGGAGCGGACGACGGCGGAGGAGGAGGAGGAGGACGAAGCGAGGGGGGGUUACCUCGGCCGGGCAGCAACGGCGACGUGACGGGGCUCCGGAGGUCGUUCGACUCGGGGCUUGCAGCAGCGGCGGGGGGGCACCAGCUGCCGUCGAUGGCGACGGAGAAGCCGCCACCGGGCGCGGCCGCGGAGGGGAAUGCCGUCCACGGCGGCAGCAGUACGGCGGGCCCCCCGGUAGACAAUUGGGGGAUUCUGCAGUACGGGCUCACGCUCGAGGACCCGGUGGCUGGGCACGGGUCGGAUGCCCCGUCGGCGGCGGCGGCGGACGGAAGCCAACGGCAGCAGCGUUUGAGCGAGAAGAUGGAUUCGGCGGGCCGGUCGACUGCCGCGGAGGGGAGGGGCGGUGGUGGUGGCCAAUUUUCUGGGGGAGAUACGGGCGGGGGUACCAGGGGGAGCGGUAGGCUGGGGGGCCAGGGUGCGUCCUCCUCGUCGUCUGCGAGCGUCGCGAUGAUGAUGGGAUCGUUGUCCAUAGCAGGAGACCAGUCGGCGGCGGGCCAGCGGUACGGGGCGGGGAAUGAGCUUGGUCGUGGCGGCGGCGGCGGCGGACAGCCCGAGGACGGCGUCAACUUCGCUGACGACUACGAUCUUGUCGGCCCGCCCGACGGGGGCGGUGGCGGUAGCUUCGGCUUUCUAGAUACCCCUCCUCCCUCCAACUACGAGCCACGACACGACGACCGCGCCCCGCUGCAGCAGCACCACCAGCAGGAGCAGGAGCAGGAGCGACAGCAGUCGACGGCUCCUCGUACUCCUCUUCACCCCCGGCGAGGGGUGGGCGGAUCGCCGUCUCUAACCCCCCAACCGAGACGUCUCCCGCACGACGUUGGGGGCUUUCCGGCGAGCGGCGCCUCCGCCGCCACGGGCGGAGGGGGGGGGGGGAACGUGACCGCGAUGAGCACCGACCACCUGCACGGCAGCGGCAGCAACGGCGCCGUGGGUGGAGGAGCCCCCCUGGCGAGCGGCCUGCUCCGGUGGUCCUUCCCCCCGCCCGGAAUGCCGGGACACCCGGGAGGGGUCACCGGCGAGGGGGACGGAGCCGGCGGGGGUCCCAUGCCUUCGGGCUUGGGUCGUUUGAGCGGGCUGGGGGCGCUGAGUGGGGUAGGUGUGUCCGCGGGCGAUGUCGGCGGUGGCGGCGGCGACGAGAGGAGCGGCGGUGAGCGCGGGGAAGGGCAGCAUUGGUCGUCGACCGUGCAACCGGUGGCGGCGGAGUAUGGCGUCUCCAGGAGGCUCGACUACGGCGAAGGGGGUGGGAUCGGCGAGGAACAAGGGGGCGGCGACGCUGGCGCACGAGACAGGAGAGGAGGAGGAGGAGGAAGAGGAGGAGGCUUAUCGGGUUCUGUCGACAGCCACCAGUAUGCCUUGCUGCGUGGGCAGCGCCGUGAACUCGAGUAUCGCGGAGGACUCUCUCGCGGAGGCGGGGAGGACGGCGCAGCAGGAGCCGGCGACUAUCACUACGGCUCCACGCCGUUUGACGGAGGUAGGGACGGGGGCGAAGGCGGCCGCCGGGGCGGGCUGGGUGUCGGGGGCAGCGGCGGCGGCGGCGAGUGUGGUGGCGCUGCUGCUUCCGGUCGUCAUGCGGUGCAGGCUACUACCGGCCGGCAGGAGGCGGCGGGUGGUGGUGGUGCAGCGACAGCGGCCGCGGCAGCGGCAGCGGCAGCAAGCUUUCCUCGUCGCUACGACUACGUUGAGUACAGCACGCCGAUGGAGUUCCAGCAAAAGCAGCAGCAGCAGCAGCGAGCACUGCCGGUGGCGGCGGCAGAGCGGGCCGGGCGCCAUAUGGCGGGGGGUAGCGGCGCCGGCGCCGGCGGUAGAGAGCUGGAUUUUUCGGACGGCUACACGGCGCACAGGAACACCUCCUCCGGCGGCCCCCAGGUCACGAGGCACAACGUGCGCUACGACCCCGCGUACGACGGAAACCCUAGCGGAGGCGUGCCCUUUGAGGGGGAAGGGGCCCCGUACGGAAGAGGCAGGGGUGGCGUCACCGGCACCGGUGUGCGGGUCGGCAGCAGAAGCGUUGCUGGCGGGGCGGGCGGGGGGAUGUAUGACGGUGGCAGCCACCUGUACGAGCAAGGGGGGGCCCGGGGAGGAGAAGAGGACGGUGCCCCCUAUGACGUUGGCGGGGGCGGCAACGCCGUGGCUUCUUCAUCUCAGGGAUACGACGGCCGUGGCGGCGGUGGUGGCGGCGGCGGCGGGGGCGCAGGGGAGGAUGGGAGCGGAGCAGCAGCCCGGAGCCGGCGGCUACGGCGUGCCGUCCCCUCAGAGAAAAGGGAGGGGGGUGCCGGAGAGAAUGAUGGCGGGACGAGGGCCGCAGCAGCAGCAGCAGAUGUACGGCGCUGGUUCGGGUCCUGCCCACCCUCCGCUUCAGGGGCAGGGCAGGCGGGCGUGGAGGGCGUAGCGGGGGCGAGGGCGGGGGGGUCUCGCGGCAACAGCCCCCACCGGCAAGCGCCCCCCGCGAGGAUGUACGUGUCCGACCCCAAGUUUUCUGCGGGCGGGGCCGGCGGCGGUGGAGGAGGAGGAGGGCGGUACGGUUACCCGGAAGGUGGGGGCCCCGGCAGAGGGGAUGGCGGUGGGGGUAUGAUGCAAAGGCCGCCCGGCCAGGGGAUGUACGGGCGCCAGCAGCACCAGCAGCACGGAGGCGUCGGGUUGCUGGUCGGGCAGCAGCUAUAG